AAAAUUCUUGCUAAUUUAAUUGUAAUGGGCUCUUCUAUAUUGGCAAGGGCUUUUGUUCAAGCAUAUCGUCAGGCAUUGUCUAAUGCCUCGAAGAAUGGUGUUGCUCAAGAAGCAGUGCAGAAUAUAAAAGCAGCUAGCAAAACCAUGACGGAAGCAGAGGCAAGACAGAUUCUUGGUGUCACAGAGGAUUCAUCUUGGAAAAAAAUUGUGCAGAAGUAUGAGAACUUGUUUGAGCGAAAAGCUAAAAACGGGAGUUUUUACCUCCAAUCAAAUGUACAUAACAAACUUAAAGAACCAGAAACAAAAUAAGAAAAUUAGUGCUGAUGUUUAGUGUAUAUUCUUGCUGCAAAUGAUGACUUACCUAG